GAGCUUAGAACCGUUGUCUUUUGCUUGGACGAGCUAGGCUUUUGUACUUGCUGUACGAAUUCUCUUGCUUUUUCUCCGAUCCCCUUUUCUAAAGGCCGUACGCCCGUAUUUAUAGGGAAUCGUGUCGGUUCGUCUAGGAAAAAUACCAUAAUACCCUUUUCUCUCGAAAGGGAUAUUUAUGGGCUUUUUCCUGGGCCGGGCCCUUUUGUUGGGGUUGGAUCUAUCCCUAACAAUAGUCCCCCCCCCCUCGCCUCUAGUUCGUAGUCUUUAGGCGAAGGACUGCGCGUGGGAUGAUACAGGGUUACUUUUCUGAUUGGGCAAACGAAAAGUAGCGCGUGAAGGUGCGGUUUCCAACGUUGAGGGUUGAAUCGUCGCGUUCGGUGCUUGAAGCGCGUGAAAUCUGGAAGUUGUAUCGUCAUUGAGCGCGUGCUGCAAUGAUGACGUUUCUGGAUUCUUCUUUCCUCCCCUAUAAAUAUCACUUCCUCUCUAAUCUUGUUAUCUUCUUCUCGUGUUUUUGGUGCUCCCGUCGUUCAGGUAUUUUUCCUUUCUUAUAUCUCGUCGUUAUAUUGCUUUUAGUGUGUCGUCGCUUUUUCAUUAUGAAUUCUCCUCGAUCCGCGUCAUCCAAUCCCUCUGCCGGAAGUCACCUUCGACGAGCGACGACUUCUGAAUCUAGCGGCUCUACCAGAUCUGUUCGCCGUCGAACUCGUUCUCUAAGAUCCUCUGACUCGUCUUCGACGGAUUCGGAUGCGGCUCGAUUUGAAGAGAUAAAGCGUCGUCUUGCUCCUGGAUCUGCAGUCCCUAGCUCCUCAGGGCUUACUUUCAAGACUCCCUCCUUGAUAGACGAGCCAUUGAACGAUGGCCCGUCUUCUCCUAAUUUGGACGACGUUCCUUUGCCAACCGUGAAUCUCUUCAAUCAUAUGCCGGCGACGUCGAUAAAAAUUGAUGCGGCAGUUGACGCAGUUCGUAUCGGGAAAUUAAGAGUUGACGUGACAGUUGUUGCGGAUUGUCCCAGGAAACUGAACACGAAGCCGAAGAUUUUGAUUCCGAACGCCUUUCAACGUCCCUGGGAUGCACCUUCUGGUUUUAUUUGUCUUUCAGAGAAAUACUUCACCGAGUGCGGACUCACCUUUCCUCUUCCGUCUUUUUUGAUGACGUAUUUUGCUCGUCGAAAGGCGGCUGUUUCCCAAUUUGCCCCGGCGACCUUUCGAAAUGCUGUCGGUCUUUCGAUCAUGGCCGAGGCUGCAAGGGUCAAGCUUACUUGUGAUCACUUUGAAGAGUUGACGUGUCUGAAUCCGUCGAGUCGGGAGAAGACUCCCGGGCUUUAUUACGUAGCCUCGGGAAAGAAGACGACGCUCGUCGAGGGUGCCAAGGGUAAAACGUAUAGCUGGAAAGGCUCGUAUUUCUUUUUGGAAGUUACCGCGGGGGUUAUGGAGGAUCCGUCGAUCCAUUGGUUUUCUGGGUGGAACCCUUCACCCGGUAGCCGACCCUUCUUGCUUAGUUAUCUUCACUUGCUUCCUUUGGUUUUUGUUAACCCCCCCCUCCCUUUUUUUUUUAAAUUUGCAGUUGUUAUUCCGAGGUGUUUGCUUCCAUACCCUUCUUCUUUCCGAGCCGAAAUAGACGUGAUUAAGCUCCGUUGCCCCUUCGUUUGGCCGGGAACCGAGGGUAGAAAAGAUCGUCCACGGAAGUUAGCAUCCAGCCGAAGACCAAGAGCUGAGACUAUGGGGAAACUGAACUUGAACGUCCCUAAUGCAUCCGCUCGCUAUCGCCAAGCUCCAGAGCCGCCGUCUCGAUCGGCUCCCCGUCAGGAUGUUCGUCGAGGUUCCGAUCCCCCUGCUGCAGGGUCGUCCAAAAAAGUCCCUCCUAACCGCCACACCGGCCCUGAAGAGACGCUUCCAAGGAGGAAGGUGGACGGAACUCCUGGUCGCAUUGCCGACCCUCCAAAAAGGUCGCAGAAAAGGAAGGAUGGCCCUGAACAAGAGCCGCCUGUCCCACUGAAGAAGUCAAAGCCGGUCGACUUCAGCUGGGAUUUUGCUCAUUCAUCUGGAGCUCGUCCUUUUCCAGCUGACUCGCAGUCUUGUGCCGAGUUGUUUCGGAAGAUCCAUUAUGGCGAAGGUCGUCUCCCUUCCGUUGAAAGGAUGAAAGAGGCCGACGCUGUCACCGAAGUUGCUCAAGCGUCUUUUGAGUUUAUUGCGCAUAUUAAUCGUAUGGCCACCCGCUAUGAAUGUCGUGUUCGAGACAUGGAACGUUCGGGGGCGUCAAAUGAGAGGAUUGAGCGCCUCAAGGCUCAAUUGGGGGAGGCAGUUCGGUCCAACCAGAGGCUUAGCGACCUUGUGGCCAAACUCGAACAUCACCGGAGUGGGCUUAUCAAAGAGCGGGAUUCUCUCUCGACGAAGCUUAAGGAGUCCGAAGCUUCCUGCAAUGGUCUGAAGCUCACCCUUAGCUCGGAGACGAGAAGGCUCAGGGAUCGGCGUGAUGAAUAUGGGCACCAUGAGCGAAUCAAUGCCUUUCACGAGGUGGCCGGUCGCGUGCAGAGGCUCCUAUCGAAGCACAAAAGCCACGCCGAAGCGGUUGAAGCGUCGCGGGAGAAAUUCCUCGAAUACAACCAAGCUGUUGGGAACGUUCAAAUGCUUGAAACGCUCGUCGCCGAGGGUCGAAUUUCCUUGCUUGAUGAGGAGCUUAAGGGCCAGGUUGUGGCCGUGAUGAAUCAGCUGAAGGGCGAGGUUGGAGAGUUUGAUCUGCCAGAUAUCUCCGAGGCUGAUUUUGACUUGUCUCAGAUUUUCGCCGGGCCUCUCCCCCCAAUUCCGACUUGGAUCGCUUCCCCAAUCAGCGGGAAUACGGAGGGUCAUACUGAUGAGGGCGGGGAUGAAAGGUCGGAGAGUGGGGAGAUCGGGGGUGAAGAACUGGACGAGCAGGAGCAGGUUGACGAUCGUCCUUCAGACGGAGUUGAGGCGCAAGUCACCGACCAACCUUCUAAUGGAGUCGAGGAGCAGGUUCCGGACUGUUCUGCCAAAGGGUUACCUCGUCCUUCCACUCCUGGGCGCGAGUCUCCGGUUGCUGGCCUAGUCUCGUGAUCAGUGUUGUCGCCGUGUUGAGGGGUUGCCUCCCUCGUACUAUCUUUCUUUUGCCGUGUUUUGGGGUCGGCUCCCUCGUACUUUAUGCGCCGUGUAUAGGGGUCGGCUCCCUUGAAAACUUUAUUCGUCCUUUUGGGGGCAUUAAUUGAGGGUCUCAUUUAAUGCUUUAA